UUUUUAAAUAAAGUUUGUUUUGGCGCAGACUCACUUGAACAUGGCCGUCCUAGCAACCUGUGGUUGUGACGACGAACUCUUCUCGGAGGAGGGAGAAGAACCCAGGAUCCAGCAAGGAUGUUCCCCAGCACAUUGUGACGACAAGGCGCGCAAACAGAGAGUCGUGCUUUUUCUGCGAGAAGCUGAGAAGAACAGGAUACUGAUUGAAAAGUUGGGGAACGAGAGGACACUGAAGUGCAAAAAGUAUGGCUGGACAGAUGUGUGUGGAGACCUUGAGGAGUACGAGAACAGACUGGAGAAAGAGAGAAAUGCUGAACGGGCGGGUCUUCAAAAGCAGCUCAUGAAAAUUCAGAACGAUGUGCGAAAAUUCCAGAGUCAUCUAACUGAUGUGAAGCCAACUCCAGAGUUGAUUGAAAGGCUUAAAGACAUCAUGUCAGAUUUGGAAACCUCAAUAAAUUCUUUAAAGGAGGAGCAGCGUUCAUGUUUUGAGGAGUAUUUGAAAGAGGAGAUGAUAGUCCGACUGGAGAUCUCUGCUUAUGAAAAGAAAAUUGAAAACUGGAGUCUUCCUUUAAAGUCAAAUCCUAAGAUACACACAGCCUCCCAUACUAAGAUUAAACUCCACAACAGAGACCUCCCAGCUGAGGUCAGAGCACCAGAGGAUUUCCUGCAGAAGACAGGAGGUCCUAAUGGAGGAUGGGAUCAAUGUGACCACCAAGUCUUUUUAAGAAUCUGGACGAAGCACGGUGGACAAACGUCCUACAGGAACGAGGCCAAACUGCACCUACCAGACAAAACAGCGGAGGAGAUAAAACAGCAUGAGGGCUGGCACCUAGAGCUGCUCUCGCUUCAGGAUCAAAAGAAAAAAGCCAUUCAGCUUUGGAAAGCUAGUAAACAACGAGAAAAUCAAACGAGGAAACACAACCAGGAGGAAACUGAGAAAACACAAAGAGCCGACGAGGAGGCGAGGAUCCUGGCUGAGAUGCAUAGGUCUAAAGAGGAAAGGAGAGAAGUAGCACGGCAACUGGAGAAGUGGAGAGAGGAGAAGAAGAGGAAAGAGGAACAAGAAGAGGAACAAAGAGUUGCGAAGGAGAUUCAAAGAAGAAAACUAGAGAAGGAGAAUUGUCGUCGGCAGAUGGAGGUGAAACUAGCCGUAGUAGAGCAGCUGAAAAUGAGGAGAGAAGUGGAGGAGGAAGAAGCGAGGAGAAGGAGAGAGGAGGAACAGAAAGAAACAGAGGAGAGAAGAAGAGAGGCUGCAAAGGUCAUUAAACUAUUUCAGGAAAGGGAUCUUCGCAAGGUGGAAGCAAAGCUCCACGAGAAACAUUUAAGAGAAAAAGAAGAAGAGGACAGACAAGAAAAAAUUGCUUCCAAACUAAAAGAGAAGGUUAAUGAACAUAUCAGCAGAGACCCCUCCAGGUUAAUUCGUCCUACUAAAGGUUGGCAAGAGCGAAUGAAACACAUUGGGCCAUCAGGAAAUGGACCUCUCCUUCAAAUGUUUCACAAAGCUGUUCCUACUUGGAGGCAAGGCCUGUGAGGAUCCUGUCCUGACAGAGUAGAACAAUCCACUUAAUUUGGGGAUAAAUCAGAUUUUAAGGCUCAAUAAUUUUGUUCUUUUUUAGAUGUUAUUUCAAAUAAAAUAUUUCAUGAUUGCAUCAUCAGAAA